AUGGUGGGCUUCAGGGAUGGACUGGUGGCUAGAAUAUCUGAAGAGGAUUCUAUGGCGUUAGAGGUAUUGCCGUCAGUUGAAGAGAUUAGUGAGACAGUGUGGAACUGUGAAUCAUCAAAAGCAUCAGGUAGUGAUGGGUAUAACAUGAACUUUAUUGAGAAGUGCUGGGAUGAGAUUGGGACCGAGUUUAUGCCAGUUGUGACCGCUUUCUUUCAGACUUCAAAACUACCAAAAGACUCUAUUAUCACAUGGGUUACGUUGGCACCAAAGUUCAUUAGGGCUAAGGAAAUCAAAGACCUUUGUCCGAUUAGUAUGGUUGGAUGUGUGUACAAGGUGAUUUCGAAUGUGCUAGUUAGGAGGAUGAGAGAAAUGAUACUAGGACUGGUUGGGGAGACACUGAGUGCAUUUGUCAAUGGUUGUAAAAUAAAUGAUGGGGCACUUAUUGCAUAUCGUUCUGCAGAAGAUGGGGUUUGGGUGAAGAUGGAGGGAGUAGGUUAUGGAGUCUAUUGGUACAACCUUGAUGUCAGUAUUGAUAUAUGGCUCACAACAACGCCGUUUAUAAUAGAAAGAGGUUUGAGACAAGCUGAUCCACUAUUGCUCGUUUUAUUCGUCCUCGUUGUUGACGUCCUACAUAGAAUGGUCGGAGAGGUAGUUAGAAACGGACGUAUAUCCCCUUUUUUUAUUGGGAGAGACAAUAUAGAAUUGUUGCAUCUUCAGUUCGCAGAUGACUCUAUCUUGUUGGAGUGCAAGAAAGCUACUCUUCCAAUCAAAUACCUUGAAAUUUCUCUAGGAGCUAAUCCAUGGCUGGUCAAGACUUGGAAGCCAAUAAUAGACAAGGUGGAGGAGAAACUCAGCUCAUGGAAGUCGAAGGUGCUCAACAAAGCGGAAAAGUUGGUGCUUAUCAAAACUAUCUUAAAUAGCUUGCCAGUAUAUUAUUUAAGUUUGUAUAAGAUGCCGAAGGCUGUUGCUGAGAAAUUGAUUUCAUUACAGAAAAAAAUUUUGUGGAGUAAGGAGGAUGGUAGGAAUGGCAUAGCUUUGGUUAGAUGGGAAGUGGUUCAGGCUCCGAAAAAGCUAGGUGGUUUAGGAGUUGGAGAUGCGAUGAUCCGUAAUACAGCACUCUUGUUUAAGUGGUUGUGGAGGUUUUCAAAGGAGGAAUGUCCGUUGUGA